AUGGCGCGCAGUUCAUUCUCCUCAAUAGAGGCCGAAGCCUCCGUCAGGGAAGGUGGGGCAUUCGGCUUUAGUGCUGCCGUCAGUGCUGGCUUCUCUCAGAGUGAGAACAAUGCUCUGAGCACGCAAAACACUGUUGACACCAGUACCAUGAACAUCACUUACAAUUUUCCCCGCGUCGUUCUAUAUUUGGAUCAAUUUGGCGUCGAUCUGUCGCAAGAAUGUGCAAGCGACCUAGCGGGUGUGAAGGACGCGUCUUCUCUAAUCGCUUUCCAUCAUAAAUACGGCCACUUCUUUGCGACCCGGAUUGAGCUCGGAGGCAGGCUCUUUUCAUCUGAAAAGUUCUCCGCCCUUGGUUCAAAGACCCAGGAUGAGGCCGCCACGGCCAUGAAAAUUGCAGCUGCUGCAUCCUUCUCUUCCAGCUAUGUGUCUGGAAAUGUCAGCUACGGCCAGGAGAAACAGACAAAUGCACAGAAUUCCAGCUCAAAUCGAGCCAUGCAAAGCUCUAUUUCAUGGCAGGCCCAAGGCGGAGACACGUUACUUUGCAACAACCCCCCUGCAUGGUGCCCGACCGUUGCCCCGUCUCAGAACUGGAGAGUAAUCAAGCAAGAAGAUGUCACCCCGCUCGGCGACUUCAUUGGCCAAAUCCCCGGCUAUGAGGAUAUCCCAGAAAAGUUUAAGCGUAUAGCGGAGGUAACAAGGAAAAAAGAGGUUGUUAGCUUCCGCAUCAGCCUCCAAGAAUACCAGAGAGCGGAUAGCAAGAAGCCUGAGUAUCUGUCACUGCAUCAUGCUUGGAAAAUCAGUAAGCUUCCUCUUAUGCCAACAAUGACAGUGGAUAGGAGAUUAACAUUUUUGAAAGAGGGCGAGGUGGAAGAAGCAUUGAGCGGGGAGAAAGAAACUACCUUUGGUAUCACCCGUUUCCCGCUUGCCUGGAUGAGUGAAAUACUAAACCCUCCCGCAGACGGAUUCUCAACGCUUAUACAAAACGUAUCGAUCCCGGACACCAUCCUGGAUAUCUACAACAACGGAUACCCGUGCCUUUCCAUGGAGACGAACAGCUUGGAAAAUGUCUUUGAUAUCGAGGUUGAGACGCUGCUGAACCAGGCCCCCACAGUAAGCUUUCCCCCAAAUCGUCACAAACACAACACUAAUGGAUCCUGGCAGAUCGAAUUCAAGAAACGGUACCACAUCUACAAUCGUAAAAGAGGCCUGUGGCUUCGAGCUUUCACAGUCACUCUCAAAGGCAAAGAGAUCACUCUGCUGGCAGCCGGUCCCAAGAGCCAGGCGACACUCUUUGAGUUCCGGGAUAAAAGUCGAGAGGGCCCGGUGCGAAAUGGCGACAGUUGUAGCCUGGUGGUCUACGGGCGUGACGGGAGGCAGAAGGGUUCCAUCGCCCAUGCAUUGGAGAGUCAUGGCACUUCCAUUGGCGCUAUGCCUUACAGUGUCGAUAACGAGCGUUGGUUGCGUUUCACGAAUUUGUCGAUUCUGGACCAGCGGGAUGUGCCCACAUGA